UUAGUAAGGGAGAGGGAGAAAAGAGAGACCUCAGAGGAGAAAGGAGAGGAGAGGAGGGGAGAGACGACUCAGAAAGUGGAAUCUGCACGAGCAACCUCAAGGGGGAGGAGAAGAAAAACUCUCGAAUCCUCAUAUCCAAGACCCAGAUGCAACGCAAGCCACGACUUCGCCACACCAGAGCAGGAUUCGCGCGGGCCAAAAACAGUGGCCGCAGAGCAGAAAUGCGUAUCAGACAACUUCAAGCGGUUUGCACCUCGAGCUAGACUCAAAGGAAGGACCCAGCCGGUUGGUUCCAAGCAAGGCCUCCAGCAGGAGAAAAGGCCUUGGCCCCAGACACCCCGAGAGAGACGGAGACCCGCGCUGGCUGGCAGACCGCGGAGUUCAGCGGGGCUCACAGGACAUCCAUUCCCUGCUUCACCUCUCACCGGGGAGGGGAGGCGAAAGCGCUCACCUACCCGCGCCGAGAAGUUUCAGAAGGAAUCGCUGAAUGUUUCACUUUUCUUUCUCAAUUGACUUUAGACCUUAGCAGCCCUCAUUCCCAGAUUUCGGGACGAUCUCCACUCCACAGUCGACGUCUGAGCCUCACCUCCGGGUAAUCUAAUCUUUUCCCCCUGCGCCUGCCCUCACCGUCCCCUUCACACUCAUCUCUCCUGCGCACGUCUGUCUGCUUUUAGCCGGGAGAAGGCAAAAACCGACUGGGCAGGUACUUUUCUUUCGUUCGUUCUUUCUUUUCUUUUUUUUUCUCUCUCUCCCGCAAAGAUCACUUCUUGUAGUUAUUUGUGGCGGCGGUCAUCGGUCUUCCUUCCCGGCUUCCGAAAGGCUUCGGAGGGCAGCCGCCGGGCCAGCCCAGGUGGAAAGAGCCGGAGCCAAAGUGGGGCUCCGGGCGAGCGCAGCGCCUCUUUCGCGAGCCGCAGGGCCACCACCAGCGCCUGAGCCUUGGAUCCCUCAACGUACUGCGAGACGCCGGUGUACAGCCCGGACCUGUGCCCCAACAUGAUCGCCGCCCAGGCCAAGCUGGUCUACCAGCUCAAUAAGUACUACACCGAGCGCUGCCAGGCUCGCAAGGCGGCCAUCGCCAAGACCAUCCGAGAGGUCUGCAAGGUGGUGUCGGACGUCCUCAAGGAGGUGGAGGUGCAGGAGCCUCGCUUCAUCAGCUCCCUGAGCGAGAUCGACGCCCGCUACGAGGGGCUGGAGGUCAUCUCCCCAACGGAGUUCGAGGUGGUGCUCUACCUCAAUCAGAUGGGCGUCUUCAACUUCGUGGACGACGGCUCGCUGCCCGGCUGCGCGGUGCUCAAGCUGAGUGACGGGCGCAAGCGGAGCAUGUCCCUGUGGGUCGAGUUCAUAACCGCGUCCGGCUACCUCUCGGCGCGCAAGAUCCGCUCCCGCUUCCAGACGCUGGUGGCACAAGCAGUGGACAAAUGCAGCUACCGGGACGUGGUCAAGAUGAUCGCCGACACCAGCGAGGUCAAGCUGCGCAUCAGGGAGCGCUACGUGGUGCAGAUCACGCCCGCGUUCAAGUGCACCGGCAUCUGGCCCCGCAGCGCGGCUCAGUGGCCUAUGCCUCACAUCCCCUGGCCAGGCCCCAACCGGGUGGCCGAGGUCAAGGCCGAAGGGUUCAACUUGCUCUCCAAGGAGUGCUACUCGCUGACCGGCAAGCAGAGCUCGGCCGAGAGCGACGCGUGGGUGCUGCAAUUCGGGGAGGCGGAGAACCGCCUGCUGAUGGGCGGCUGCCGGAAUAAGUGUCUCUCGGUGCUCAAGACGUUGCGGGACCGCCACCUGGAGCUGCCGGGCCAGCCGCUCAACAACUACCACAUGAAGACGCUGCUGCUGUACGAGUGCGAGAAACACCCGCGGGAAACGGACUGGGACGAGGCGUGCCUGGGGGACCGGCUCAAUGGCAUCCUGUUGCAGCUCAUCUCCUGCCUGCAGUGCCGCCGCUGCCCGCACUACUUUCUGCCCAACCUCGACCUCUUCCAGGGCAAGCCCCACUCUGCCCUGGAGAGCGCUGCCAAGCAGACCUGGAGGCUGGCCAGGGAAAUCCUCACCAAUCCCAAAAGCCUGGACAAACUAUAGGGUGCCAGGGGCAGCUCGGGAAGCAACGCGGCUUGGGGAUGCUCUGGGUCACGGCACGCCCGCCGGCCCGCCCGCCUGCUGCCUGCAAGGCACCACCAACUGCGGAACUGGGCAGGGGACCCAAACUUUUGUGUGAGGCACCAGAAAGAGGCACCGGGCAGAAGACGUUCCCUGGACACCCAGAGCCAACAAAGCAACCCUAGUCACAGCCUUGCACAAAAGUGAUUGUUUUCUUCCAGACAAUGUGAAUUUAAAAGAUCACAGAAAAGAAGCAAUCGGGCUUUGCCACCACAAAAUGAAACCCAAGGUACAUUUUCAAAUCAAUGUAUAAUAGUUUCUAUCCUUUCCCCUCUUUUCUCCUCUUCCCUCUGCCCCUCUCCCCUCAACUAUCUCCCUUCCCUUUUCUGUUGUUCUUUCCCUCCAUCUGGUCCUCCUUCUCCCUCCUUUUCCUUUCCUCUCCUUCCCCCCCCCACAAUUAUUUCAUUUUGUUUUGAGUUGCCUGAAUAUUGUCACCAAGUGAAAAAAAAGUAUUUAAUUAUAUGUAAAAUUUUCUCUUUUAAAAAAGUUUUGCUGAUGUUAAAUGUAUCUCAGUGCCAAUGUCAGACCUUGCUCUCCCUCUCUUGCACCUUUCCCCUCACCCUAAGCAGUCUUGUUGGAACAGUAAUAAAAAUAUUACUUUGCAUUGUAA